AUGAGCCAGCUGCGCAAAAAACAGUCGCUGUCCAUAUUGUCUGGAUCGCAUCUAAACCAGCUGAACGGAGCGACAAUUGUCGGCUCCGACAGACCGUUGAAAGAGCGAGUCAUCAGCGAAAGCACGGGGCUAAUCAAAUUUGCACUGCGCCAGAGCUCGGACAAGCACAGCCCAGACGACGAGGCCGACAAGCAGGGUCUGCCAAUCUACAUUCCGAUUGAGGAAAAUGUGAAAGAGGCCCACGGAAGGACUGAAGAGCUAAACACGCUUAUGUUCCAGCUCGCAUCGAAACAGCGCAAGGCGCUCGAAUUGAGGGAGGAGCUGGAGUCGGUCGAGUCAGAGGUUAGGAACUUGGAGCUGGAGUGCAGAAAAUUGAUGGAUAUCCCCGAGGAAAGGAAAUUGGCAAAGAAACAGUCCAUCAUCAAUUUUGCUCCGCGGACCGAGAAACUCAACCAAGAGCCAUAUACACAGCUGACAAAGACACUCAACACUUUUACAAGCAAUUUCAGCAGCAACAUCAAUGCGAACGACCUGCUGAAUAAGGGAAAAUCGUUCAUCGAAAACCUGAAUAAAGAGAACGAGAAGUGGCUUUUGGAUUUACAGAAUAGAGCUACAAGCUUCAGAAACGAGGAACACUCGAAGCUCAAAAAACUUAUGAGACAGAAGAAAGCCGAAAACUCGCCGCUGAUUCCGAAGUUCAGGUCCUCUCUCAAUCUCUUUCACGCAUCCGAACCGGACAACGAGUCUGAGUUCUCGGACGACGAACACUACGGCGGCGAAACCUCGCCAUACUUAGCAUAG